AUGCGCGAGACGAUGGUGGAGAUGAUGACAACCCCGGCCCCUCUCCAGCUGCCAGCCAUUGCGGGCAACUGGGACGAGGAAAUGCGUUUCAGUGAAAUCGAACGAGGGGUAAACUGCAGCAAGGCCUCGGAUGUGAACCAGCUUCCGAUGAAUCCGCAGCCUUGCACUUUCUUGUGUGCAUUUGCUCUAGGAGCAGUGGGGAAGGGCAAUCCCGUCGAAUCGGUGCGAAGUGGCGUCGUUGCUGCACGUGCAAGGUAUCAAGAGUACCUGGCUGUGUCGGAGUCUUGUUUCAGGAGUUCUGUCGAGCACGGGUCCACCGGUACUCUUCCAUUGGUUCGGCAGUACUUCAAGGACCCAUCGUUUUUCGCCAAGGAUGAAACGUCUCGGGGGGGGGCUGCGCUGAAGAUUCCUCGUCUUCCCAGUGUUCCGAGUUCGCCCCCUCUGCGGCGACCGUCAAGGUAUGGGGAGCCACAGGCCAUGAUCAUUAACAGCGCGCACCUGAUGGGUGGGAGCAGCGAACCCAACGGACUUCGUGGUUUUCGCCGAGUGCACAUCGAGGCGGGCAUGCCCAUGGACGGCGUCGGUGAAACCGGCCUUCUCGUUGUCGAAGCAAACAUCUGUUCUGACAGCGAAAUUACCGAGCUAGUCACGGUCAACGGGGAUGUUGGAGCGGAGCUCCGAGCAACGCUCGCCUGGCUAGAUCCCCAAACGACGGCCUUGUCGGCCCAGCAGCUUCAACACGACCUCGACCUACAUGUGACAGCCCCAAGCGGCGCCAAGUACACCAUGUGGGAAUCGGGCGCAGAUGACACGGUCAAUGUGGUGGAGCGUGUGAUCGUGCCCGUUGAAUCAAUGGAGAGCGGUGUGUGGAGCGUAGUCGUGUCGGCCAGGGGCUGCUUACGGAUGAACAGUCGUAUUCGUUGGUGGUCACGGCGGCUAUCUACAGCUCCAAGUAGCGCAUGA